GUCAUAUGACGUCCUCCCAUUCUAACUGCGCAUGCGCGGCUCCAAGUGGACAUGUACACAGAUCAUCAGAGCACUGAUGAUCAGUGUGCCCUGAUGAUAUGUGUAGCCCCAGCAGUGCCACCUGUCAGUGUUCAUCAGUGCCAGCUGUCAGUGCUAAUCCAUGCCACCUGCCAGUGCCCAUCAAUGCCACAUAUCAGUGCCCAUCAUUGCCACAUCAAUGCCACAUAUCAGUGCCCAUCUGAGCUGCCUUUCAGUGUCACCUAUCAAUGCCAGCCAGUGCCACCUACAGUAUCAGUGCUGCCAAUCAGUGCCACCUAUCAGUGUAAGUCAGUGUAGCCUAUCAGUGUGCAUCAGUGCUGCCUAUCAGUGCCCAUCAGUG